UCCCCACGCCCCGUUCCGUGGCCGCUUCGCCAUCCCUGCGCGAGCAAAACGGGUUUCCUCUGCAGGGAAGGGAGGGCAAUGCCUGGCGGACGGAGCAGGAGCAGGAGCAGGAGCGCCGCCGCCGCUGUUGGGAUCUGGGCAUCGACUCCGAGGCAGGCGCUUCCUCGUCCUCGGGGCAGCAGCUGAGAGCGAGCCAAGGGGGGCCAGACCCCGCUCCCCUGCCGCCGCCCCUCGCUGCCUCUUCCACCCCCGGACUUUGGAGAGAGGACGAGACCAGAGAGAGAUUCCUCUGGACGGGGAUCCCUCCUCUCCACGCCCGCGGGGAACUUUAGGGCCGGCAGAACAAGAAGGAAGAUGAUCUGAAGGCAGGACCCGAAGGCGAGAGGCUCCGGAAGAUGAGCCACGCAGAUCAUACAAAGCCACCACUUGCACCAAAACCAAAGAUUCUCAGUCAUCUUGCUUCCAUAGCUGCUUCCAAACUUCCUCCAUCACUCUCAAAGACUGGAACACUUCAUAAUUCAAACUCUAUGUCUAGGGGUCCUAAACCACCCAUUGCUCCCAAGCCAAAAAUCUCCACUGACAACGAUCCUGCAAUUACACAGAAAUCAAGUGUCUAUGCCAACAAUACUUUUAACAAAUACAGCAAUGGAAAACUAGAGGGAGAUAUUUAUGAAGGAAACCAGUGUAACAGCACAGAGUGUCCUGAGUCAGAAGUCAAUAAUGAAUAUAUUGUAAUUCCAGAAGCUGAACUGACUGAUAAAGGUUAUAACGACUUUGAACAUGAACAAGAGGAGACAGCAGAAAAUGAGAUUUUAUCAAUUUCUGAAGUAGCAGGUGAUGAAGAAGACAAUUGCAAUGACAACAGUGAGAUCUGUAAAAUCGAAAUAAAUAUAUCAGGCAACACUGACAAUGAACUAGUGGGAGAUGACACAGCCAAGUCAACUGAAAUCCAGGCUUUUGGUGUCUCUGAAGCACCUGAAGAGGAAAAGGAGGAUGCAUCAAAGGAUGACUGUGAAAAUGUGGACAGGGAAAUUGAUCCCAAAGAGGCCACAAUGAACUGUUCAGAUGAGGGUGGGGAAGCAUUUAAAGAACUGGAUCUAGUAAAGGACAAUAAUGAAUACAAUAUAGACAGCAUGAUUUUGAAUGGAGAUGAGGCUUUAAAGGACACUAUAUGUGAAGAUAUUAUUUUAAGUCAUUUAGAGGACCCAGAAUCAACCUCAGAAGAUCUGCCAUUAAUUGAUGAAAGACAAGAAGAGGAAGACUCACCUCAGACAGUAGAAGAAGAGCAACCUAACGCUAAUGCAGAAAUGGGUCCAAUGGGUAACGAUGACCAAUCAGCCCUCCCUACAGAGGAGGAGCUUACAGAAGACACUUGUACAAGUCCUGAUGAUAAUCUUGCUCAAGAAUUUGCAGAGGCACACACUGAAUUAGAAUCAAAAGGAUCUUAUCUUGAUGAGAUCUUGGGAGAUGCCACCAAUGAAGCUGAUGCUGGAACAGAGGAGUUAAUAGGCUCAAAUGCUGGAUGUGAAACAAGCAUAAAACAAGGAGAAAAUUCAGAUGAUGACUACCAAACCGCUGGGACAGGGGGUAUAGAGGAAGCAUCUGAGACUGUAUGUGAUGCAAGGGAAGAAGAUGAAGAACAAAAUGAGGUGGUAGACAAAGAGAUCAUUGAUGAUAACUGUCAAAUCAUUCCUUUUGAGAAAGAAUGCAGUGAGGAGGUUUCCGAUUCUCCUGAAGAAAAGUUAGGUGGAGAUUUGGCAUCUGAAGGAAAUAAAAUAUCAGAUCAAAGCUCACCUUUUGGUUUUCAAGAAGGUAAUGGGUUUCAGUGUGACUUGGAGCAGGCAGAAGCAUCUAAGGUGGAUAUUUUCCUUGGAGAUGAUAGCACAAAUGUAUACACUUUGGAAGACACCCAGUCAGAUAACCACAUGCUUGAAGCCGAUCAUGGCGAUUAUGGAGAAAUUGCCCCAAAUACACCCACUGAAAAAUCAGCCGGAGAUACCUGGAGUUCUACAGGAGAGACAGAUCAGUGCUAUCAAAGAAAAACUGAAACAAACUGUGAAUGUGUGAUCAGGGAAGGGUCAGCAGUUCCUGAAGUAGUUGUUGUUUCUGAAAAUGAUGACAAAAGUGUCUGUGACUCCUUAGAUGAUCCAUAUGUGUUAGGAGACAGCUUGCCUUCAGCUAAUGAAACCUUUUAUGCUGGAAAACAAAGGUGGGAUCCUGGUCUUCAAGACAGUUCAACUGAUUUCAGAGAAGUAACAAAUACUGACAGUGAAAACCACUUGCUCUCUCUUGAUCGAAAGAGCAUUGUUACUAGAACAAGGUCCCUUUCUGGAAAAGUGCCUGGCUAUGUACCAGAAACAGUUCCAGAAGAAACAGGCCUGGAUAACGAACCUUCAAGCAUAACCACAACUGAAAAUUUAGGGCCCAGUUUCUGUCUGUCAGAAGGAAAACCCAUGGAAUUGAGCAGAGCAUUGCCUGCAAAGCCAAGGCACUUCGUUUUAUAUCCUCGAUCUUAUUCAGUAGAGGGCAGAGAUAUUGCUGUCUCUGUAUAUGGAGAAAAUGAUAAUUCUAUCAUGGAUUAUAAUAGAAUAAACAGGACAGAUGACCUCUCUUUGCCAUGCGUAAUUGCUUCCUCAGGUAGCUUUUCUCAGAGAAAUCAUCUCCCAUCCAGUGGGCUUUCUACUCCAUCCUCGGUUGUUGAUAUCCCACCUCCUUUUGAAUUGGCCUGUAUCACGAAGAAGCCCAUCACAAAAAGUUCACCAUCACUUUUGAUAGAGACGGAAUCCCCUGAUAAGUACUGCAAGAAAAAGAAGUCCUCUUUUAAAAAGUUUCUCACCUUAAAGUUCAAGAAGAAGACUGAAAAUAAAGUCCAUGUGGAUGUUCACAUUUCUUCGUCAAGGUCCUCCUCAGAGUCUAGUUACCAUGGACCUUCUAGAGUCAUGGAACUGGAUAGAAGGAGCCUGAGCAGUUCUCCUCAGCUCAUAUCACGGACUGGAAAGCUGAAGGCUUCUGAGUCUCCAACUGUUCUCUUCUACAAGGACGGCAAAAGGAAAGGAACACCCAAAACCUUUAGCAGAAGUGUGUCAAGGGUGGAAUCUUUUGAGGACCGUUCAAGACCCCCUUUCAUGCCUCUUCCUUUAACUAAGCCUAGGUCUAUUUCAUUCCCUAAUGCUGACACUUCAGACUAUGAAAAUAUCCCAGCACUGAACUCUGAUUAUGAAAAUAUACAAAUUCCUCCACGAAGGCCUGCAAGGGCUGGAACUUUUACGGAAUUUUUCGAAGAUCCCAGCAGGGCAUUAUCUGCAGCAAACGAGAAUGAUGGUUAUGUGGAUAUGAGCAGUUUUACAGCCUUUGAGAACAAUAAGCAGCAACCUACCAACCAGGAAACAGAAAGUGCCUACACAGAACCUUACAAGGUGUGCCCCAUCUCUAUGAUUCCUCUUGAAGAUGUCACAUCGGAUGAAGAACAGAAAAGCUCUGGAGAUGAAGACAGCAGUCAAGGGGAUCCCAGCCUCAUCCACAAGAAAGAGGGACAAUCCAGAGCUCACCUUAUUGCCCAGGACCUUCUGUCUUCAGAGAAAGUGUAUGUGGAGAUGCUCCAGUUGCUACAUAGGGAUUUCCAUGAAGCUGUCUUAAAAGUGCUAGGAAACAAGAAUGACAGUAACCAUGAAGAAGCAAAACUCAAGGAAGGAUUGAAUGAGAUCCCAGAGAUCUACAAUCUGCAUCAAGAAAUAUUGGAAGAACUGGAAGAAAAGGUUCUCAAUUGGGAAGAACAUCAGAAAGUGGCUGAAGUUUUCCUCUCCAGGGAAUCGCGGUUUCAUCACCAUACAGCUUACAUCAUGCACUUUGAUAGGACCUUGGCUUUGCUGGAUGAAGCUCGUCUUAAAUCUUCCCAGCUGGAUAUUGUCAUCCGAGAGUUUGAGCAGUUUCGUGAUGGCAAUAUCUUGAAUGUGAAACAUCAGCUCUUGAAAGUGGUGGAGCGUGUAUUCCAGUACCAUGUGCUACUCACAGAUUACUUGAAUAACCUUUGCCCUGAUUCUGCUGAAUAUGAAGACACACAAGCUGCCUUACUCAUUGUUACUGAAGUUGCAGACCAAGCCAAUGAUAGCAUGCACCAAGGGGAAAACUUGCAGAGGCUGGUACAUAUCGAGCAUAGUGUCAAGGGGCAGAGCAACCUCCUCCAACCAGGAAGGAUGUUUCUCAAAGAAGGAACGUUGAUGAAAGUGUCUGGGAAAAACAGACAUCCUCGACAUUUGUUCUUGAUGAAUGAUGUUCUGCUGUAUACAUUUCCACAGAAGGAUGGGAAAUACCGCCUCAAGAACACAUUGGCUGUGUCUGGCAUGAGGGUUAGCCGUCCAGUGACAGAAAAAGCCCAAAAUGUCCUGAAGAUUGAAUAUGCUGAAAAUUGCCUAAUCUUAUCAGCAAGCUCAUGCUCUGAAAGGGAUGAAUGGUAUAACUGUAUCAGCAGAAGCAUCCCCGAUGACUACAGGGCUCACAGUGCAGCUGGAUUUCACAACAAUGUUGAACUGAGAGAAAGACUAGGAAUUUCCUUAGGAGAGAGGCCUCCAACCUUGGUACCUGUGUCUCACGUCAUGAUGUGCAUGAACUGUGGCUGUGACUUUAAGCUCACACUGAGGCGUCAUCAUUGCCAUGCAUGCGGAAAGAUUGUUUGCCGAAAUUGUUCCAGAAAUAAGUAUCCUUUGAAGUAUCUCAAAGACCGACUAGCAAAAGUUUGUGAUGGCUGCUACACAGAACUGAAGAGGAGAGGUGAGUCCUCUCCAUCCCUUCAUUUAAAGCAGCGGCCAAUGAGCAUGAGCUUCCCUACAAGUUCAUCCAGGUUAUCAAGUGGUGCCUUCUCUUCUGUCUUCCACAAUAUCCACUACACAUCUUUCAAAAGACAAAAGAAAAUUCCCUCAGCUCUUUUGGAGGUAGCAGCUUCAGGAGAGGGUUCUUCUAUCAGUGGCUAUCUCAGCAGAUGCAAGCGGGGGAAAAGGCACUGGAAGAAGCUGUGGUUUGUUAUCAAAGGCAAAGUACUCUACACCUAUACAACCAAUGAGGAUAAAGUCGCCACAGAGAGCAUGCCUUUGCUGGGUUUCACAAUAGCCCCAGAAAAGGAUGACAGGAAUACGGAUGCAGUUUUCCACCUUUACCACAAGCAAACUCUGUUUUAUAGCUUCCGAGCAGAGGAUAACAAUUCAGCACAGAGAUGGAUUGAAGCUAUGGAGGAAGCUUCUGUAUUAUAGCAUUAUCUAAGAGGACUGUGAACACAUAUAUAUUUGCAACAGCACUCUUCUAUUGGAAGAAACAAUGUAUAUAAACCAAUACUGGAAGAGACUUUGUACAAGACUUUUUUUUGCUUUUGUCCAGCUUAUUUCUUGCAGGUGGAAACUUCUUUAAAAAGGAGUAUUUAUGGCCCUUUUCUAUUUCUGCAAGUUCAUCCUUCAUCAUACUUUACACCUCUGUAUUACAGCUGCAUCAUAUUUUGAAGAUCUAGAAUCAGUGUUUGUAUUUGCCCCCUAAAAUAUGCUUUUUAGUGUACUAUCGAUUAUUUUAUCUCCGUCAUGGAAACAGUUUCAAUUUCUUCUUGCCUACAGAGACCUGGGCUGACAUACCACUAUUUUGUUUACAUUGCUCAGGUGAAGUUAUGCUGUCCCUGUUUGAGCUGCUGCCACAGCAAAUGUUUUUAAAAAUAAACCAGUAAAUUACAAGAAUCCAAUAUAGUAACUCAACACCAAUUUUUACUUUCCUACCAAAUUAAUGCACUGCAAAAUCCAAUCAAUUUCUUAUGCUUAUGAUGAUGCCUCAGUGUCUACCCCAAAGGAUAUUGAUUAAAAACCUUGGCAUAACCUGUUCAGAA